UAAAGGAUUAUUUUUUAAAAGAUGUAUCUCAGGUAUUAAGAUAUCUAAAAUGAUAGAAUAUGAAGAUAUCAUACCCAAAGAAAUUGAAGUUAUUGUAAAAGCAUCACAAGAAUUUAUAGCAUUUAAUCCAAACACAAAACUUAUUUCAACGAAAGACGAAACACAAAAAUCAAUUAGUUUACGUUUUAAAGAACUUAACGUGAAAAUAUUCUCAAAUACAGAGAAUCUUUCUCCAACGGUAAAAAUAAUCCCAUUACGUAAUUUUACAGUCCGCAAGAGAGAAAAACUGAAACAUAAGGCAUUUUUAUUAAAAGUCUUUCAAUAUGUAUUCAUUCCUCGGAGAUAUUUAAGUGAUAUAAAACUUAGUAGUCCACUUGUUCAGAUUGUUAGAAACGAAAAAAAUGAGGAUGAUAUAUUUGAUAAUCCAACAAUGGCAGCUGCAAUUAAUUAUAAGUGGGGUCCAACAAGAAAUUAUUUCCUUGGAAAUUUUUUUAGAUAUAUUUUAUUUGCAGCUUGUUUUGCAGCUUUGGUAGGAUGUUAUUUAGGUCAUGUUGAAGCAACUGGGCAUUUAUAUAACCUUUUGGUUUUCCUUUUUAUUCUAUUUUAUUAUUCUGGUGUUUACUUAUUCUUGGUAGAAUGUAUACAGCUUCGACAUCAUAGUUGGAGAUAUUAUCUAGAUUUCUUUAAUUUUGUAGAUUUAGCUUCAGUUGUUAUAUCGUUAGUUUUAGUAUCAGUUUAUGUUACUCCUAGCUUUAGAUUAUCAAAUGCAUUUGCUGAUGUUGUAGCUACAUCAAAUAUAACUGCUGG